CCCUAUAAAAACAGCAGCCCUUGCGGAGACCUGCCUGCUCAGCUGGCAUCAUGCUUGGCGCUCUGUGCUUGGCCUGGUCCUUGGCCCUGGGGCUCUCCUACCCACAGAGCCAUGGCAGAAACCUCAACGCCACAGGCAGUUGGCACCACCUGGGCUCAGCAGGGACACUCGAUGAAGCAGAGGUAGCACAGCGCUGCGCAGACGAAGGGGGUUUCGAUGCAGUCACACUGGACGAGACGGGCACCAUGCUGUUCUUCAAAGGGGACGUCGUCUGGAAAGGGUUCACCGGCCCAGCCGAGCCCAUCAACGCCUCCUGGCCUGAGAUCCACGGCCCCGUCGACGCUGCGCUGCGGAUCCACCGCCUGGACCACCCUGACGUCCAUGACAACGUCUUCCUCUUCCGGGGCAAGAGGGUCUGGGCCUAUGCCCAGGGCAAGCUGAGGGGCGGCUAUCCCAAGCUCAUCGAGAAGGAGUUCAAAGGCGUGCCUGGGGACCUGGACGCAGCCGUGGAGUGCCACCCCAAGGAAUGUGCAGCGGAGACAAUCCUCUUCUUCAAGGGCUCCCAGGUUCUCUCCUACGACCUGAAAACGGGGGUGCUGAAGGAACGGGAGUGGCCUGCGGUUGCCAACUGUUCCUCCGCCGUGCGCUGGCUGGAGCGCUACUACUGCUUCCAGGGCAUCCGGUUUGUACGCUUUGACCCUGUCACAGGCAGUGUGCCUCCCCGCUACCCACUGGAUGCCCGGGACUAUUUCAUGCGUUGCCCGGGGAGAGGCCACGGCCAUGAAGUGCGUCCGAAUGCCACUGUCAGGGCUAGGUAUGACCGCUGCAGUGGACAGCCCUUCCAGGCCUUCUCCUCGGAUGACUCUGGCCGAAUCUACGCCUUCCGGGGGGGGCUGUAUUUCCGCCUGGACUCCCACAGGGACGGCUGGCAUCCUUGGGCUCUGAGCCACACCUGGAAGGAGAUGCAGGGCGAGGUGGAUGCUGCGUUCAGCUGGGAGGACAAGCUCUACUUGGUCCAGGGUUCCCAAGUGACCAUCUACCGAUCCGGCCAGGGCUACAGCCUCGUGGAGGGCUACCCCCGGCCCCUGCAAGCGGAGCUGGGGGUGGCAAGUGUCGAUGCUGCCUUCACUUGCCCUCACUCCCACGAUCUGUACCUCAUCCAAGGAAGCCUCAUGCAGCACGUGGACCUGCUGCAGCGCUCUAGAGGCCCGGACCGCACGCUGACACCCCCCCACUCCCGUGUGGACGGCGCCUUCUGUACCGCCAAGGGGGUGUACCUUUUCCAGGGAUCCAGCUUCUACCAUUACGCCAGCGUGAACGAGCUCGUGACUGCCGCAGUUCCUGCAGCUGCCCAGGACACGGCUACCACCUUCUUCCAAUGUCCUGCCACGGGUGGCGAGGGUGGUCCCCAGCGUCCGCCACACCAGGGUUGAAGGGGAGCCUACCCACAUAUACAUGCACGGACUCCACCCCAAGGCUGGCUUUUAGUUCUGUAUCCACACAGAGAAGCCAAUAAACCUGGGCCUGUGGCCCGCAAGCAGUGAGA